AUGGAAGCACGUGGUGGUGAAAAAGAGAUUCUCGUCACUCCAACACAAUUCCGUACCCCAAUUCAUCAUGGGUUGGAUGCAGAGAGUCGAAUCCGAAUGGCGGAAGAAGUGGCGCUGCCACGAAAUUUGAUUGUAUCCCCCGCAUUGCGCGCCAUUCUCAGCAAUAACACCGAAAGUUUUUUCCAUCAAAAGCAACAGUCUACACAGGUUUGUUCCUUUUUCAUUAUGGGAAACCAUGCUGUAAAUUAUUUUUCAGAUGCUCGAAGAUUUCCAAAAUCGCCAGCACAUUUCGUACAAAACAAUGCGAGAAGCAGUGAUCAAGCUAAAAGAAGAUAGCGGGCAACAAUUGCCAAAUCGAAUUCCGAUGCUUGACGUUAACCCCACUAGGAUAACCCUCAGUCUUGAAAUCGAAUUCCAGUAUCAUGAACUAAUGCAUAAACGGAUCGAUAACGUCGAAAAUGUCACAUCGAUUAUGCACUCAACUAACACCCUCAUCCAAUUGCCUGACAAAUUGAAUGUAAAUGGUGCCAGUCCACAUGCACAACAAGUUACUAUUACUGGAUUUUUUAAUGAUGUAGAGAAGGCGAGAAUUGCUUUGCGGGUAAGUUAUUGAAACCACACUGCCCGAAUAAAACAAAAUCGAACAUUUUCAGGAAAACUGCCCUCUUUCCGUCUACCUCGAAAUGGAUUCCACAAAAAACAAUAUAGAUCAUGUGUUGGCAUAUAUUGAUUCCAACCGUAAUACAUAUGACAAUGUGAUCAUCGAGCUCGACAAUUUGCCAAACAGCGGACCUGGUCUCAAAUUAACUUGUCGACAAAAACAUAUUGAAUGCCUGAACAAAGCAUGCGAGAAUAUAUCGUCUAUGUUGAACAAUACGAUUGAUGAACAAAUUGAAUAUUCGAUGCGUUUCAAUAUUUCAAUAUAUCAUUUGGAUCAUGUUGUUGGGAAACCAAGACAGAAAUACAUGUUGAUGCCAUUGGUUGAACAAAGAACUGGAACAAAAAUCACACAUCCAUCAUUUGAUGCAAUAAACACAUCGCAUGAUCAUAUAUUCCCAUUGUUAAUACGAGGACGACUCAAUAAUGUUUUGGAGGCAAGGAAAUGCAUCACGGUAAAUUUUUAGGUCAUUUAUGAGUCAGACAAUGAAAAUAUAUAUUUACAGGAACUCCUACCUGUCUCUAUGUGUCUCAAUAUCAACGAUUCUGAUAUGGCCCAACCGAUCGAUAUUCACAAUCGUGUUGUCGAUGUUUAUCAUUCCGAUAUGAAAGUGUCAAUGCGUGUAACACCUUCUCGUUAUGAUCCGGUUCCAUUAUUAGCUGAUGAAGAACUUCAACAUUGUAUCACUUUGAGGACUAAAGAAUUCAAUAUGCGCAAUUUGUAUACAUUUUAUACAGGACUACUUUCAGUGAGUUAACAUUGUUAUCCAGAAAGUUUUGCAAAAAAAAAAAAAAAGAAAUAUUUAGUCAUCGAUCAAACUCGACAUUCCUGAAAUUCGUGAUCUUCAAACUUCUGUGUGGCUCAAAGAAAUCCUCCUCGACGACUCCGUUAUGACAUUCAAAUUGCCGUGUCGUGGAGAAGCUGCUUUGCCCGAUAAAAAUUCGAAUUCUGAAAGAAAUCGAACAACAUCUGGCUCAUUGAAAAAACAUGACAACCUUGGAGAGGAAGGAGCUGCCCCAUUAUCAAAUGCGACGAAUUCAUCUUCUUCAAGAAGACAUUCAUCGUCAACAUCAUAUAUGGAAUCAAUAACACCUUCACCAUCGGCGUCUCAAAAUCCACCACCCCAUCAGCAACUCCCCCCUUCACUUAUGCCAACGCAUACAAUGCCAUAUAUCGUGCAACCUGGAAUGAUGGCGAAUCCAAGAUAUUUGCAACAACGAAAUCAACAAGUUCCACCUCAUCACCAGAAACAACAACAGCAAAAAAAUCAAAGUUUGAGUGAGUUGAUUCAUAAAGAAAGUUAGGAUUUGUAUUAUUUUCAGUGACUAUGCAACUUCGUCAACAACAGCAACAGCAGCAACCUCUGUAUGUUUAUCCAUAUAUAAUGGUUCCACAAUCAGAGAUGUUCCCAUAUCGUAAGUUUGCUGGCCAUUAAAAAAGUUUUUCAUUUUAAUUUUUCCAGUUCCAUUCGUUCCGGAAAUGAUACCAUACCAGUUUCAUCCUGGUUUGAUGGCUGCAGCUGCGCAACAAGCCGCUGCUGCAACUCCAACUGAACAACCGCAAGAACGGCGUGGUUCGACAUCGUCUUCGCAAGGUCAACGAACUCAUCAAAAUCCACCGCAAACUCAUCGUCCAACAUAUCAAACAAAUGAUGGGCGAAGAGACCGAGAAAGAGAAAAAGAUGAACAAGUCGUUGGAAGUUAUGAAGAUUCUGAACGAUCUUAUUACAGUCGUCAACAACGGCCAAAUCAUCGAGAAACAUGGCGAAAGAAUGAUUCCGGGGAAUCUACAUAUUAUUCGAAGAAGGGUCAACAAAUGUCGACGAACAAUGGUGGAAAAGGUGGUUAUCGAGGAAAUCAACAACACAAUCAAAAUUAUUUUCGCGAUCGGGAGAAUGGGCAAGAUGGUGGAAAUCAACAACAAUCACACACAAAUGGUGGAGAUCAACAACAAUUCACAUCAACACAUACGUUGAAAUUGAAACAGGUUGGUUUUGACAGAAUAUUUCUGAAACAUAACAAAUGUUUACCCGAAAAUUUUGUUUCUUCGACCCCAAAAAUAAUAUAAAUAUUUUUUUAUUUUCAGGGUCGAAGAGAGAAAAGCAUUUUCUAUGAUCUGGUCUUACCAAUGUGAUAAAUAAAAUUCAUGUAAUAAUACUGUUUUUUACAAAUUUCGAAUAAAAUUUUAAAUUACCUAUCGUAUUUUUCGGUCGUAUGGAAUUCUAAAGUUACACAAUUUAAGGUCAUCCCAGAUGAACAAGAUCGUUUUUUCACACAAGAUGUUUCUCAUGUUACUGAAGAAAAGCAACACACUCAACAAUUGCAAUACUCGCCAAGAAAACAAUUCAGAAGAGGUGAUUUUUUCUAGAAAACAUAGAACGUAUUUAAAAAAAUGUUCUGAAUUUAGAAAGUUCUACUUUAUCGCCAAGUUUGAACACAUCUUUUGAUUAUGGAGGUGCCAGAUCGAGAACAAUGAGUAUGUCUUAUGAAAGAGACGAAAAUAAUCGAUAUGAUAACGAGAAAAUGUAUCAUGGAGAUGACCACGGCUAUCGAAAAUCACCAAGUUCACCAUAUCAAUCGGUCACCAAAACAAUGCUUGAACCUCGAAAUCGUCACGACAGACCGUGUCAAAUCAUCAAUUUGGAGCGAAAAGACAAAGUUCCGGGAGUUUAUCUUCAGUCGCCUGGCGGCAUAUUAUUGCAUGAAAAUGAGGGAAUCAUCAUCUCGACAGACAGUGAAAAUGGGGGUUCGAAUUCGAAAGUGAUGGAAUUUAUGAAAAUUGUCACACAACAACAACAGCAGCAACAACAUCAAAAUAUUGUAUUUGAUAUGCAAAACAAUAAGAAUCGAACGUAUGCGGAAAUAUUGAAAGAGCGUGAAUGGGGAAGACAGCAACAAAACCAACAACAACAAAAAGAGCGAUUGGUUAUGAUGAAAAUGAGCGAUAUUGAAGGAGGAACUGAAGGAGAAGAAGGCGAAGAAACAAUUGAUGAAAAACAAUUGGAUAAUGCAAAAGAUGACAAACAACGCAUUUUCCAUUCAGGUAACAUUUGAAUUUUUAUUUUCUGAAAAAUGAGAUUUACCAUUUUUUGAAUCAGAGUUCCAGGAAACUUUACAUUUUUAGUCCCGAGAGGCGUAAUUCUAACACAAACUAGUUUCAAAAUUUAUCCCAAUUUUCAGACGAUAUCGAUCAACCAGAAUUGAGACUGUCAAGUUCGGCUCCAACUUUGUUGGUAAAUAUGAAUUCGAGAAAUUGAGAAAAGGUAAUAUUUUUAUUCUCCAUUGAUUAUCUUUACAUAACAUUUUUUAUUCCAGAAUCGAUUUUUUCAUGUUCAUUUUUUCGAUCAAUUCGCAGUCGCGCGGAAUGAGAAAUCAUUCCAUAAUUUGUGUAUUUUCUCCUCUUAAAUAUGGGAGACCCCCAAAUUUCCAGCCAUUUUUUUCUAGGUAUUUGAGAUUUUUUCGGAAUUUUUUGUUGUAGAAUAGGUCAAAAUGCCCCCUUUUUGUUUUUUUUUCAUAGAAUAGUAAAUAUUUAACGCUUUGCUAAUUUUUGUGAUGUUUUAAAAACCGUUUCUAACGUUGAAAAUUGAAUAUUUAAAUUUUUGGCAGCAUUUGGUGGGCGUUUCCGAACUACUCGUCCACAAGAUUCAUUUUCAGAAAAUGGAGCCACCAAUAAAAAAGAGCUCGACAAGAAGAUAACGGACAAAAUACCAAAGAAUGGUUUGAUCUUCCGGAAAAAGCCAGAAAAUUAAUAUUGGAGUAUUUGGAUAUUCCAAGUUUAUGCCGAUUCUCGAGAUGCUCAAAAGCUUGCUGGGAAGAAGCAACAAGUUCAAAGAACUAUUAUUUGCGAGUUCGAGUUAUGGAAAAUAAGAAGAAUUUCCUGAUUUCAAUCUCCACUGAAUAUCCAUACAAAUGGACUUAUGAAUUGGAUUUUGUUGCUGAAACUCCAACUACAACAAAUGUCACAUACAAAAGACAGUAAGUAGCAAAAUUCACAAAAUUUGUUUAAAAAAUUGAAAGUAUAACUUGUUUUUAUUCCAGAAAUUCCCCGAUGCCACUUUGGAGAAAGACUGAGAAUGGAAAACUUGUCGAUGUUGUUAUGAAUUACUUCAAAAGUUAUCUUCAAAGAUAUCACGAAACUUUAAAAGGCAUUUCAAUGUUAUUUGAUGUAAGGAAUAAUUCCGGAAUUCCUAUCCCAAAAAUUGAAUAUUUCAGAAAACCACCACCAAAUCAAAGUUUGUGAAAAACAUCAAGAUUCGAAAUAUGCCGAGUUUGGAGAAUUUGGAAGUCGGAAGUUGUGCGAAUACACAAGCAGAUCUUUUGGAAGUUGGAUUUGUUGACAUGGAUCAAUUGAAAACAAUUACCGGAAAUUUGAAUCUCCCAGCAACGAAAAUCAAACUCGAACAGUUGAUGCAAUUUUCAGCAAGAGAAAUUCGAGUCUAUUACACAGGAUUGUCUCCAAAACCAUUGGCACAAUUUAUUGAUGCUUGGGCCGAGGGAAAAGUUCAUGAGAAUUUCAACAAGUUGGAUGUUGUGGCUGAUGGAAAACGAAAGAUCAAAAUUGAUUUUGAUAAAUUGGAAGGAGAGACUGAGACUUGCAGAAAGUAUGUUUGUGGGGGGAAUAUUUUUUUGAGUAGAGUGUCGGAUCAUCUUUGAUUUUUGAGAUGAAUUCGCAAUUUGUAUAGUUCGAAAAUUGAAUUUAAAAAAUCUACUCAAAAUCAGAAUAUCUUUAAAUUUUACGAAAUUUCGUGGAGUUGAAAAAUAAUCCGCAAUACUAGAAAAAUGAGGGACCGAUAAAAGCCAAAAAUCCCUAUCGAUUUCAAAUUUUUGCAGAAGACGCGAAGUUUAUUUCUACACGGGUGGUUCGGAUAAAUGCCCAAGAGUUGCUAAUCUCACUCUCAAUGUCACCGUCCACAAUGGCGGAGAAUCUGUUGAAAUGGAAGUUAUCGACUAAAAUAUCACUUUGUUAUAAGUAUGUUUUUUUGUUAAAAAUUGUUACCUGUUAUUUUUGCACCUCUUUCGAAAAUGAAUCCAUGAGAACUUACGAAACUCUUUAUCAACAAACGCAUAUUUUGUUAUCUCUUCUUAUCUUAUUGUACCAUUCAAACAUAAAUAUCUAACAAAUCAAAUAAAAACGGGGGUCACAAGUACUUCGAAAGUAUAUGUUUUUGGCGGUGAAUCAAUUGAUUAGUCAUUCUUUGUCUUUUUAUAUUAUUACACAAAAUGUAUUUAGCUAUUUAUCUAUCUUUUUAACUGGCUAAAAUAUAUCAUUUGACUCGUCUCGGUUUUUGUUCUAUUUUUCUUUCUUCUUCUAUUUUGCAGUAAUUUUUUGUGUUUUCUUCUGGACAUUCCAAUUUCUUCUUUCCAUUUUUCUUGUCCAGAACCACUUGAGACCUCCAACUGUGAUGUGAUAAACCUGUUGGGUGAUUCAUCAAAUUUUGCCAUGUUUUAUUGUUGUUGCAAAUUUUUUCGUGAACGUAGUUCUUUUUAUUGUCCUUUUUUGGGGAAAAAGUAGAUAAUCGGAUUUUUUUGUGUGAAAUUUUCUUGAUUUUUGGUUUUUUUCUGGUUUUUUUUGUUGAAAAAAUUUGAACAUUUCCAGCAAACAAAUGAUUUUUUCCCAAAAUUGUUUGAAAAAAUUCGGAGACUCAAAUUUUCAAAAUCUCACCCACUUUCUCUGUUCCGGUCAUUUUUCAAAAAAAUAAUGAAUUUUGUAUUUUUUAACCCGAAAAAUUUACGUUUCAAUAAUUUUUCAAAUUUGUAUGCCCAAGAUUCACCAAGAACAAGUUUCCAAAUAAAUCUCCAACGAAGAUCGCAAAAGUUCCAAAAUGUUCUCCCCUUCAAACUUUUUUUCCAAAAACAUUGUUUCAUUUUGCUCUUCUCCUUCUUUUCCUUUCCUUCAUAUUUUACAUAUAUCUAUUCUAUGUUUUCUUCUAUUUACAUAUCAUGCACAUGUUGAGUAUCCAAACAGUUCUCAUAUUUUAAUUAAAACAAAUAUUCAAAAAGAAAUGAAAAUACCACAAGAAAAAAACAUUAGCAGGCAGGCAGGCAGCCCACGUAAAGAAAAAACGCAUAAAAAAUAAUUGUAUAUCAAAAUUGAUUGAAUGUUAUUGAUGACACAUCGUGUGAAAUUAAACAUCAUCAAAAUCAAAAAAUAAUAGUAUAAAAUGAUAAAUUUUUGCAGUUUCCGUUCGUUGCAUAAAAUGCGUUCCUCAAUUUUCUUCCUUCUUUUCAUUUUCUCGUUUGCUUCUUUUGUUCAAGCUGAUUGGUGGGAUGGAUUGACUGAUAAAGUAUCGAGUGGUCUUGUAAGUGCUGCUGAUUGGGUCAAAGAUACUGCAAGUCCAGCUAUUCGUGAGAAAUUCAAUGAUGCAAAGGAAACUCUUCAAGAUCCUGAAACUCAUAAAACUAUUCGAGAAUGGCUCAGUGAAGUGAGUUAUUGAUAUUUUUUUGAGAAUUUUUGUAAGAAAGUUGGUUCUGGCGUUUUAAAAAAGGCUCCUGUAUGUUUUGUUGAAACUUCACUACAGUAACCCACUUCAACGUCAGUUGAGCUGAGAUCUACAGUAACCCCGAACUCGUCUGUUUUUUUUUGGAAUCCAAAAACAUUCUCACAAAAAGUUACAGUAAACCCUUUUAGUCUCUGAAUUUGUUUCUCUCAAAAAUGUACAGAACAUUUUUUUUUGGAAAAAUUGACAAAAAUUUUUCUGAGAAAAUCCUACACCUUCAAUUUUUUUUUUGAAGAAUUCCUGAUUUUUUCCAGAAAGCCGAAGCUGCUUCUGAAUUCGCGAAAACUGAAGUUUUGCCAGAAUUGAAGAAAAUCUAUGAAGCAGCGACUGUUGAUGAUGAAAAGAAGUCGACUGAAGAAAUCACUUUGGAUGAUCAAUGA